CUCGUCUCCACCAACACAAGCACACAACACUAUGUGUUCCCCCGACCUCUUCUUAUUGCUAUCAAUUUUAGUAUUCAUUUCCAGUUCCACCCACUUUCGUACCCUCGCCUACCCGUAUCGCUAUGACCCCCACCGUUACCACCGGACCCCACGCGCUUCCCCGCCACAACGAUACCUGGGCCCGACCGGCGCUGAUUUCCUCCUUCCCCGGCGGCCUCCCUCCUGCUCUCUUACCCUCCUCCGCCAUGACUUCGCCAACACCUACGGCCGCCCGCCCGCCUCCGCUCCCUACGCCACGCCGCCGGGUUGCCCGCCCCCCUGGGACCGCGUCGUGCUGGACCUAUCUGUCGCCUGCGCCGGCGAGCAGUACGACCGCAUCGCCGCCGUCUGGCUCGAUGGCGCCGAGAUCCUCCGUACCAGCACCGCCGAGCCGUCCGAAGCUGGCGUCUUCUGGCGCGUCCGCAAGGACGUCACCCGCUACGACGCGCUUCUCCGCCGCCAGGAGGGCGGCGUGGUGUCGAUGAUGCUGGAGAACAUCGUCAACGAUGAGUUCACUGGAGUUUAUCACGUCAACGUAUCAUUAGAUUUCUACAUCGAGGAUGGUGAGGAGCCGCGAUUUCGUCCUCGAUCGAUGCUUCCCACAUCGGACGAAGAAUCAACUACGCAGGAACAGACAAUUUUUGGAGCAUCGAAGCCUCUUCUUCCGCCAAAAAUAGGGUUUUCUUCAUUCAAAUCGGGCUCAAUCGAGAACAACGCAAAGGUGGCGCCUUUUCCCCCAAAACCAUCCGAUUUGAUUAUUCCGAUAUCUAGCGCCGACAGCCAAAACGGAUUCUGGUUCAGAAUCAAGAACGAAGCCGAUGUGCAUUUCAAGAGCGUCCAGAUUCCAGGGAAUACUUACUGGGCAGUUCUUGAGAUCUAUGUUUCUUACCACUCCAACGACGAGUUCUGGUACUCCAAUCCACCCAAUUCCUACAUUGUGAAGAACAACCUCACCACUGGAAGGGGCAACGGCUCAUUUCGCGAAGUCUUUGCCACCAUUGAUGGCAGCUUCGUGAGCUCAAUUGUUCCAUUCCCGGUCAUCUUCACCGGAGGCAUCAACCCUUUGUUUUGGGAGCCAGUGGUUGCUCUCGGCGCCUUCGAUCUUCCCUCAUACAACAUAGAGUUGACUCCACUUCUCGGCCUUCUCCUGGAUGGCAAGUCCCAUGACAUUGGUGUUGGUGUCACUGAUGGCAUCUCCUUUUGGCUCAUUGAUGCAAAUCUGCACAUUUGGUUGGAUCCACUCUCUACUUAUGUCACUGCCCAGCUUGUUCAAUACCAAGCCCCCAGAACUUCAAUCUCUCGCAAAUCGAAAUUGAACUUACUGAACGGUAAAUUUAAAAUCAAAGCUCAGAGAGAAUCCCGCUUCUUGGGUUGGGUCAGUUCCUCAUUUGGAAAUCUCACCACUGAUGUGGAUCAGAAACUCAAGUUCAAGAGUUUGGUGAACUUCACAGAUGAUGGCGCCAAGAAGGGAGUUUAUAUGCAGGCAAAGUUGAAGACAACUGUAAGAAUAGGAGAGGGUCCAAACACCUUACUUACUCAAGUAACUUACAAGUCUAAAUAUCCUCUUAUGUUUGUCAGUUCAACUCUAUCUGGUGUAAAUAAUACCUACACAAUGAAGACUUAUCUAUCUCACAUCUUGUCGGAAAAAACCACAGUUCUGAUCGAUAAAGUUGAGACUUUCAGCUCCAUAAGAGAUCACCAAGAUGCAGAUGGAUGGAUGCUUGUUCAGGAUCACUCUGUUCUGGCUGGUUCAGCAGGCACUCAGCAAACUUACCACUAUGAAGACGAUCAUAGUUCUUACUUAAGGAAGGUUAUUGCUAGAGAUGGUUUGGUUUUAAGUGAUACUACCACUGCAUCCUCAUCGUCGUCAUCUUCGUAAGUGAUUCUUAGUUAUCACUACUAGUUAUUGUGAAUCUUCAUCUUGGCAACUAUUUGAAGUUAAGUGUGAUCGGUUACUGGCUUAGCUAUACUCACAUACCUUUGCUACGUGCUUGGUUGAAGAAAAACAUGUGAUUACUGGUGGAAUGAACAAUGUAAUUUUGGAUGUGAGCUAUAUCAAUCCUAUUAGUUUGUGUUCA